AUGGCGACAAACAGCAUCAAGCUGCUUACUGGCAACAGCUACCCUCAGCUCGCCCAACUAGUAGCUGACAGGCUGGGGAUUGAACUCACGAAAAUUCUAGUCCUUCAGUACUCGAAUCAAGAAACCUCCGUCACUAUCGGUGAAUCUGUCAGAGAUGAAGAUGUGUUCAUCCUGCAAUCUACCCCACCUGGCGACAUCAACGAUGCCCUCAUGGAGCUCCUGAUCAUGAUCAACGCAUGCAAAACCGCAUCUGCACGCCGUAUUACUGCUGUCCUUCCGAACUUCCCAUACGCCCGCCAGGACAAGAAGGACAAGUCCCGUGCCCCCAUCACAGCCAAGCUGAUGGCCAACAUGCUUCAAACUGCCGGAUGCAACCACGUGAUUACUAUGGAUCUUCACGCCAGUCAAAUCCAAGGGUUUUUCAACGUUCCUGUAGACAAUCUCUACGCAGAGCCUAGUACGCUGAGAUGGAUUCGCGAGAACCUGGACGUAAAGAACUGUGUCAUUGUCAGCCCUGAUGCCGGAGGUGCCAAGCGAGCAACAUCCAUCGCUGAUGGCCUCAACUUGCCAUUUGCGCUUAUCCACAAAGAACGCACCCGGCCAAACGAGGUCUCCAGAAUGACACUUGUUGGAGAGGUAGCCGGCAAGACUGCUAUUCUUGUCGACGACAUGGCGGAUACCUGCGGUACUCUUGUCAAAGCCGCAAGUGUCUUGAUUGACCAGGGCGGCGCGAAGGACGCUAUCGCCAUUGUCACGCAUGGUAUCUUGAGUGGAACCGCCAUCGAAGCUUUGAACGGUAGCAGGCUCAAGAAGAUUGUUGUGACCAACACGGUACCCCACGAAGAGAAGAAGGAGAUGUGCGACCGCAUUGAGACGAUCGACAUCAGCCCCACUCUCGCCGAGGCCUGCAGACGUACCCACAACGGCGAGAGUGUAUCUUUCCUCUUCAAGCAUGCGCCCGUUGAUUAA